GCCUCCGCCUGGAUCGUCUAGAUCGAUGCAAGAAUCGGCACUGUCGAAGCUCCAGCAGCGCUCGGGUGUGAUCGCUCUCAACAAGAUCGCCGCAGCGUAUGCCCACGCUGGGCAUCUGGCCGACUCGAUCGAAUCCCUGGAGAGAAUGCGCGAGGAGGGCCUGGCGCCUGAAAGGGGCACAUUCCUGGCGCUGCUGGGCCUGUGUGCUAAGAAAUCCGCAAUCGCCGAAGGGAGAUUCGUCCAUUCCAGGGUCGAGGCGAGCGAAUUUCGUCGCGACGAUCUCGUCCAGAACGCCACGAUCCACAUGUAUGGCAAAUGCGGCUGUGUGGAGGAUGCGGUGUCUGUGUUCCAGAGCUUGGAUCAUCCCUCACAGGCUUUCCAAAUUUUCCAGAGGAUGAAGCUCCAGGGGCUAGCUCCGGACAGGAUCACGUUCGUCACGGUGCUGGAUGGAUGCAGUGCCAUUGGCGAUCUCUCUCGAGGUAAGCUUCUUCACGGCUUUGUUCUUGAGGCUGGGCUUGAGAGGAAUGUGAUGGUUGGAACUUCUUUGAUAAAAAUGUAUGGAAAAUGUGGUUGUGUGGAGGAUGCUAGAAGAGUCUUUGACAAGCUUGCACUGCAGGACGUUGUCUCGUGGACCUCGAUGAUCAUGACUUACGUCCAGCAUGAUCGGUGUGUGGAAGCUCUCGAGCUCUUCCAUCGAAUGAGACCAUCAGGAGUUCUUCCCAACAGGAUCACGUAUGCUACAGCCAUCAGCGCUUGCGCUCACGUCGAGUCUAUGGCCGAUGGUAAGCUCAUUCACUCGCAGGUUUUGGAAGAUGGUUUUGAGUCGGAUGUUGUUGUCAGCUGUGCGAUCGUCAACAUGUAUGGGAAGUGCGGAAGUCUCGAGGAUGCUCGAGAGGUUUUCGAGAGAAUGCCUCAUCCCAACACGGUCUCCUGGAACGCCAUUGUAGCAGCUUGCACGCAGCAUGGUUGUUGUGUGGAGGCACUUUGGUACUUCCAACGCAUGCAGCUUCAAGGUGUCAGGCCAGAUAAGAUUGCCUUCGUUACCAUCUUGACUGCCUGUUCUGAUUCUCUUCUCUUACACGCAGCCAGGGCCAUCCACGCUCAGAUUUUUGAAACGGGACUUGAUCGAGGUGACGAUGCUGUAAUCACCGCUUUGCUCAACGUUUACUCCAAGUGUGGGAGCUUAGAGGACACACGCUUCACGUUUGAAAGGAUUGGAGACUGGAAGACUGUGAACUCGUACACGAGGAUGGUCGGGGUUUAUGUCCAGCAUGGAUUCUGGGAGGAAGCUUUCAAGCUCUUCCGAGAGAUGCAGCUGGAGGGGAUUACUCCGGACAAGGUCACCUUCAUCACUAUCCUCAACGCUUGCUCCAGUCCGGCUACUCUAACUUUCGGCGAGCUUCUUCACGAGUGCAUUCUUCAGUGUGGCUACGACACGCACUUGAUCGUCGGCAACUGCAUCAUGACGAUGUAUAGCAGCUGUGGGAGAAUCGACAAUGCAGCAGCAUUUUUCAGCACCAUGGUCGAAAGGGACGCUAUCUCCUGGAACACCAUUAUAUCAGGACAUGCACAGGCUGGUUUUUGCGACGAGGCAGUCCACCUUUUCAGAAGGAUGCUGGCCGAAGGGAUCACUCCUGACAAGUUCACGUUCAUCAGCAUCAUUGACGGGACUGCUCGGAUGCAAGAAGCCAAAAUUUUAAGCGAGCUGAUGGUCGAAAGUGGAGUGGAGCUGGACGUGUUUCUCGUCUCAGCUCUCAUCAACAUGCACAGCAGAUAUGGCAACGUUCGAGAAGCUCGUUCACUCUUCGACGACAUGAAAGACAGGGACAUAGUUAUGUGGACUUCGAUAAUCUCGUCCUACGUCCAGCAUGGGAGCAGCGACGACGCUCUCGGUUGCACACGACUUAUGAGACUCGAGGGGCUCAUGGGGAACGAUUUUACGCUGGUCACAGCUCUCAACGCUUGCGCCAGCUUGACAGCACUAUCAGAAGGCAAGCUUAUCCAUGCUCACGCGAUCGAGCGGGGCUUCGCGGCGAGCCCGGCAGUCGGGAACGCUCUUAUCAACAUGUACGCGAAGUGUGGCUGCCUCGAAGAAGCAGACCGGGUUUUCCACCAGUGCGGCAAAAAUCUGGUUUCCUGGAACACCAUCGCUGCUGCUUACGUUCAACGCGACAAGUGGAGAGAAGCUCUCCAGUUAUUCCAAGAGAUGCAGCUCGAGGGCCUGAAAGCAGACAAGGUAAGCUUCGUGACAGUUCUCAACGGGUGUUCGAGUGCCAGCGAAGGAAGAAAGAUCCACAACAUUCUGUUAGAGACAGGGAUGGAGUCGGAUCACAUCGUCAGCACGGCACUAUUAAACAUGUACACGGCAAGCAAGAGCCUGGACGAGGCAAGCAGGAUUUUCAGCAGGAUGGAGUUUCGAGACAUCGUCUCCUGGAACGCGAUGAUAGCAGGGAAAGCCGAGCACGGGCUGAGCAGGGAAGCCAUCCAGAUGUUCCAGAGAAUGCAGCUGGAAGGCGUGGCGCCGGACAAGAUCAGCUUCGUCACGGUGCUCAACGCCUUCUCCGGAUCGUCGCCGUCCUCGCUCAAGCAAGCCAGGCUGGUGGAGAAACUUAUCAGCGAUCAAGGAUACGAGACAGACACCAUCGUCGGCAACGCGAUCGUGAGCAUGUUUGGCCGCUCGGGAAGGCUGGCCGAGGCAAGGCGAGCUUUCGAGAGGAUCCGCGAGCGAGACGCUGCGUCGUGGAACGUGAUCGUCACAGCCCACGCUCAGCACGGCGAAGUCGAGCAGGCUCUCAAGCUCUUCCGGAGAAUGCAGCAAGAGAGCUCCAGGCCGGACAGCAUCACGCUCGUCAGCGUUCUCUCGGCGUGCAGCCAUGGUGGCCUGAUCGAGGAAGGCUACCACCACUUCACGUCCAUGGGCAGAGAGUUUGGGAUCGCUGGCAGCCAGGAACACUACGGCUGCGUCGUGGAUCUGCUCGCGCGAGCCGGGAGGCUUGAUCAAGCGGAAGAACUCCUGCGAAAGAUGCCAGUCCCGGCGAGCUACGUGCUGUGGAUGACGCUCCUCAGCGCUUGCAAGGUCCAGGGCGAUGAGAAGAGGGCCAAGAGAGUGGGGGAGAGGGUCAUGGAGCUGGAUCCUCGCCGCCCGGCCGCCUACGUUGUCCUCUCCAGCGUUUGAUCGUCUGCGGUGACGUGGCUGACACGUCGGCUAAGAAGUCCAGGUGGCGAGGUGAGCUGGCCACCUAGCGGUCAGCAUUGGAGGCUUUGCGGGAGCAAAUACGAGCGCCUAGGUUUGGAGGAGGCAGGAGGAGCUAUGGCGGCAGCGCUAGCGCCCGCGGCAUUGAUCCGAGGAGCUGCCACCACGGCGAGCGAUGGCCCAUUCGCGGCGGCGACGUCGUCGUCCUCCUCGGCUUUGUUUGCCGCGAGAUCGUCGUCUUCCAGGUUCGCGCAAUUCGCACUGCGGUGCUCCUCCGCCGCGGGGAUUGGCUGUGGCCGGAGGGCUGUGCUCAAGGUAGCAGCUGCACAGGUGCUCCAAGAUGUGCAUUUGAGCGAGGAGGCGAGAAUGGAGGUCGUGGAUGUGGAUUUGAGCGAUCGCACCUACCCAAUCUACAUCGGAUCUGGUCUUCUAGACAAGCCAGAGCUUCUCCAGAA